CUAAUGUUUCAAAUUUUGAUCUGAAACCUUGCCCACACCAAAACUUCAAUCAGACGAACCUACUUAUAAAGUUUUAGAAUUUUUGGACAAGCUCUCUUCCAAUACGAUUAUGUUAGGCAUGGAUAUUUUGGAAAAUUCAUGUCUCGGAAAUAAUUCGUCCAAAAAUUCUGCAACUCAGUAGGCAAGCUUGUCUCAUUGGAGUGCCGGGGUAGACAAAGUUUCAGAGCAAAAUUCGAAACUUUGAUUCUACUGCAAAACUAUAGUGCUGCUGAAAAAUCAUAGUAAAAUGUCGAUAUUUUAGGCAAAAUAGCUUAUUAGCACUUGAGAAGGUUCCCUCGUAAGCUCUGUUGACAAAAUUUUUGCUAAGUUUGAAACUAGAACUAAAGCUUCUUUUUUAUCCGGAUUAAAAAGAAUUGGUUCUAUUCAUGUCAAUUUAUGAGUUAAAUAUUCAUAUGAAACAAAUACAGAAUAAAUUGACAAAUUUUCCUUGUGCAGAAAUUUGAAUUAUGUACCUUUGAAUUAUCGAACAGACACUGCCUUAUUAUAUCGAAAGAAAAUUAUUUGUACGUAAUAAUAUGAUCUUUCUGUGAAGAAAUUAUCAUAUUUAUAGAUAUGAGCGUGAUCAGUCAUUUUUGAUUCCAGUCCCAGAGAACCAGAGCUGGGUUAUCCUGUCCAUAUCUAUUUAAAUUACAUGUGUCUUGAUAAUAUGAUAUUGAACACAAGUUUUAUACGACCAUAGAAGGUUUCGUUUACAAUAAAAAAGUCUUUGUCCUGGCUUCAGAAUUAUCUUACCCAUAUCUGUGCGUUUGUCAUGCAGAAAAACACAAAAAGAUUGAAUUAUUCUAAUUUAUAUAAUCUCUUUCAUUAAAUUCUUUGACUGAUCAUGAUAACAAAAUGAAUAGUACCAUUAUUUCUUUUGUUAUUAUUAAAGAUGAGAUAUUAUGCAUAUCUAUAUACGGGUUUAAUGCCUUAUUUUCAUACCAGUCUGUCUCAAGAAAAAGGUUUUCCAGAACAUUGAUAGACAAAUUAGACCAUCUAUAGACACCGUCUCAUGUUACUUAAAUAUAAACAAAUGUUUACAUUUAAUAAAAAAGAAGAAACCAAUAAAGUAUGCAAAACUGAUGACAAGAGAAAAAUCCUAAUUAUGACAAUUUUUAAUAUUUUAAAUUAAUAUAGCAUAAUACCUUAAAGAAGAGGAAAAAACUUGAUAUUGAUUUUUAAAUAAAUUGGUUUUACACAGAGAGAGUAUGUUAAUUUUUUUUGUUGCAUCUGCUCUUUUUUAGCAAAUCUUGAAUGGAUUGAAGGUGUUGCAAUUCUUGUUGCUGUUCUUAUCGUUGUAUUUGUUACUGCAUUUUAUGAUUGGAGAAAAGAACGACAAUUUCGUGGUUUACAAAGUAAAAUUGACAAAAAUCAACGAACAUCUGUUGUACGAAAUAAUUUUAUACAACAAAUUCCUGUUACAGAACUUGUUGUUGGUGAUCUUUGUUUUAUUAAAUAUGGUGAUCUUAUACCAGCUGAUGGAAUUAUAGUUCAAUCAAGUGAUCUUAAAAUCGACGAAUCUUCUUUGACAGGAGAAACUGAUUUAAUAAAAAAAGGUGAAGAUGAAGAUGUCAGAUUAUUAUCAGGUACAUAUGUCAUGGAAGGUAGUGGUCGAAUGGUAGUUCUUAAUGUUGGACUUAAUUCUCAGUUUAGAAAUAUAAUGAGUUUACUUGGUGCAACAGCAGAUAGAAAUGAAUCAAAAGAUAAAGAAACAGAUAGAAAAUCUAACAUAGCAACAACAUCAACAAAAGCUCCAUUUGAUUUAUCAAAACAAAGUGUACAUAUUGAAGAUGAAACAAAGCAACCAACACCAGCAAUAUCUGAAAAAUUCUCACACAAAGAUCAAUUAAGAUUAUUAAAAACAUCCAAAGAUAAAAAUGAUAAUACAAUAAAUGAAACUACUCGCGCUAAUGAAAGAAAAUCUCAAAACAAGGCAAGAAAUGCUGCAACUGAAUUAAGUGAAGAUACAGAAGAUGAUGAUAUUGAUGCAGAUAACGCUAAACAUAAAUCGAUUCUUCAUUCGAAGUUAACUACUCUUGCUUUGCAUAUUGGUUAUAUUGGUAUGUCCGCUGCUUUUUUAACAUUAAUUAGUUUAAUUACUCAUUAUUGUGUUACAACUUAUGCUAUGAAAAAACAAAAACCCUCAGUAAUUGAUAUUAGUUAUUUUAUUUCAUUUCUUAUCCAAGCUACUACAAUCAUUGUUGUUGCAGUACCAGAAGGUCUUCCAUUGGCUGUAACACUUGCUCUUGCUUAUGCUGUUCGAAAAAUGAUGACAGAUAAUAAUCUUGUUCGACAUUUGGAUGCUUGUGAAACAAUGGGAAAUGCAUCAACAAUAUGUUCAGAUAAAACAGGAAC